UGUUGCUGUUGAUCAUCACUCUGAUGAUGACAACUAUCAACAGCCCCAAGUUGGAGGUGCAGUGGUCCCCGGUUCAUCACAACAAAUUUAUAACCUGGGGAACCGAGAUAUGCCUCUACGAAGUUGGACAGAUCAAGGACAUCGUGCGAUCCUCAUGCAAACGAAUCUCCGAGAGGACAGUGGCCCACCAGUUGGCCACAAACUCGAGCCACCCCUACGUCCGCUGCGUGGACAUUUACCCCCAGCCCAACCCCGACAUUCUCCUCGCCGUGGGCCUAGCCAACGGUAAAGUGGUCCUCACGACCUUCGGUCCCACGGCCUUCGACGCCCUGAGCCUCACCGGCAAAGAGCUUCCUCCAAAACACGCGCGCCAAUGCAACGCCGUCUCCUGGAACCCACUAGACCCAAACCUCCUGAUCUGCGGUCUCGACAAGUACCGAACAGACCACUCGAUCCUCCUCUGGGACAUCGUCCGGAGUCAGAACGUCACGACCUCGGGGCUUGACCGCCAAUCCCUGCACCAUCACACAACGGUAAGUCAAGCGGAUCACAACGCGACAUUGAAACCCCUCGCCGAGGCCGGCGUCUCCGAGACAACUCACUCCCUCAGCUGGUUCCCCAACGAAUCGAGAUGUUGCGUAGCGGGUGUUAACAACAAGCAACUGAAGAUAAUCGACUUCCGGGAUUCAGUCCGCGUCGUAAACUCCACCCCCACGAAAUCCGUGUACAGCGUUGCGGUGAACCCCCACAACUCGUUCCACCUGGUGUCCCACGUGGAGAACCAGAUUACAAUCUGGGACACUAGGUACUUCGAGAAGCCCGUGCUCACCCUUCCCCAGAGCCGACCGGUGAUCAAAGUCCUCUGGUGUCCCACGCGUCACAACCUCUUGGGGACCAUCCAAAAGGACUCGAACGCGCUGUACCUCCACGACAUCCAGCACUGCGGCAACAGCGCUGCAGCCGGAACCGCCGAGAGCGAACCCAACGGGAUCGUCGUGGGAUCCAGCGGGGGUGGGAGUGUCGGGGUGAACAGCGAGGAGACUGAACCCGGGGCGUUGGAGAGAACGGUCAUUCCGCCCUGGACGUCGUACCCCACGAGCUUCUCGUGGCAUCCGCAUCACGUUAACAGGCUUCUGGCCAUAUCUCAUCAAGGGGCUCUGAGCGACUACACGGUCUACGAGAGGAUCACCAUCAAUUGGUCGACCAGGUCACACAUCGCGUGGAACCACGCUUCGAAGGCUAUCAAGUACUUGAGCAGCUCUGACAGCAUUUACAGGGGAUUCGACGACAUCGCGAUUCUCGUUAAGAAACGGGCGUUCACGGAUUACGGACUUCUGCCGGAAUUGUCGCAGAAUGGGGAGCUGGCGGAGAAUGAUCAGCUGAGGAACUUGUGGCAUUGGUUGUAUCUCAGUCGAUCGUUAGUCGAGGACGAGGUGAUUCCCUCUGGGGAUAACAAACAUCCCGGGGUGAGGACCGUUAUGAAGCUUGAUGGCUUGUCCAACAGCUUCAUAAAGUCGGAGUUGAUUAAUCGUCCGUGGACGGACAUCGGGUCGACUAGUCACACAGCUAAGAUCUACAAGUCUCCGGACAGGGACAAAGCCCUGCAGCUCUGUGGCUGGAGGUUUGAUGUGCAAAGCAAGGAAUCGGUGUUUGAGGAGAAGAAUAAUCUGUUCAUAGAGCGGUUGGAGCGGGAGGGGAAUUAUGCCAGAGCCACAGCUAUCUCGGUCUUCAAUUUGUGCUUGAGGCAGGCUAUCGAGAUUCUGAAUAGGGGUGCCAACAAGAUGCCGGCUUCCACGAAUUUGAACAUCGUGGCGAUGGCUUUGUCCGGGUUUUCGGAGGAUCGGAACAGCAUGUGGAGGGAAUUGUGUCUCAAGUCUAGGGCGCAGUUGUCGGAUCCUUAUUUAAGGGCAACUUUUGCUUUUCUUACGGCGGAUAAUGACUCGUAUGAGGCGGUUCUCAAUGAGGGCGGGGUGGCUGUCGAGGAUCGAGUGGCUUUCGCGCUCAUGUUCUUGUCGGACUCGAAGUUGGCGGAGUACCUGAAGAAACUUACGGUCAAGUUGACGGAGGAGGGGGAUCUGGCGGGGUUCUUGCUGACGGGGGCCACUAUGGAUGGGAUUCAGCUGCUGAAUAGGUACCUGCAGAUCACGGGAGACGUCCAGAGCUGCAGCUUGAUAGCGAUCAGAGCGUUAUCCUCGAAACUCCUUCAGGAGAAUCAAGUCCAAGUAUGGAUUGAGAGUUACAAGGGGUUGUUGGACGCCUGGAAGAUGUGGAAUCAGCGGGCGCAGUUUGAUAUUGUUAUGAGAUCGUCAACGAAUGAGAAACCACCGCAGCAGGUUUACAUUUCCUGCAAUUUCUGUGGGAAGAGCAUAUCGGCUUUCAUGCAGGGCCUCAGUCGGGCUAGGGGACCCUUCGGGAGACUGGGGAACACCUCGAAUAAAUUGAAGAUGUCGUCUUGCCCGAGCUGCAGAAAACCACUGCCUCGGUGCGCUAUUUGUCUCAUGCACAUGGGGACGGUCAGUGGGUUUCAGGUGAAUAUCACUGGGGUUGGUGGGAUGGCCAGUAGGAAUGAUGAGGACGGGAAGCUCACGGAGUUUGGGAAUUGGUUCACCUGGUGCCAGAGCUGCAGGCAUGGAGGGCAUACGGAUCAUAUUACUCAUUGGUUUGGGCAGCAUACCGAGUGCCCGGUUACCUCUUGCACCUGCAGGUGUUUCUCGUUGGAUGCGUCUCAUGUCAUUGGGGGGAAUACAUUGUGAGAAGGAAAGGGAGAGGGGGAAUUGUAUGAUAUGUAUAUUGGUAAUAAAGUUUUUCUUGUAUAUUUGAGCUGUUUCUGUUCAAAUAAUAUAGAUACUUAAGAGGAAUCAUCUGUCAUUUAACUAGAAAGUUUAGCCGUCUGUAUGCCUGGCUCUUUGUAAUAACCGUCCAUCAGCACGCAUGAUAAAGUGAAUUACGAGACAUGAACUGUGAAAAAAAUAAAUCCGGAUAAUUGAGGAGAUAAUUCAGGCAUUUUUCAACAAUCAUAUCGAAAUUAUUUUCGUCUUCUCAUCCUGUACUAGAUCAAGAUUAUAAAAACAAUUACUGCUGAUUAUAUAAAACUGCGAUUGAGAAAUUACGCUAAAACCCAAAUACUAGAAGCUUUAGG